AUGAUCAAGUCCAGUAUGAGAUUCAAACUCACGGUUGGAGCAAAGCAGAACUCGACGAAGGCGCACCCCCGGCCAGCCCUAGAGAAAACUUACGUUCGCAAGCUCUGCGACAUUAACGGCCAUGGCCUCGGUCAGAACAGCGGUUCCGACGUCAAGAGUGACGCUCAACCGCGAGGGAACGCAGUGACCGUGUAUCAGAGGCGAGUGUCUGAGGCAAAUGAGGCAAAGCCGACCCAGUGA